AUGGUAUGUUAUGCUACUAGAAAGAGUUACGGAACUGCAUUUGUUGGCACACAAUCUUUGUGUCGACCAAUGGGCCCUACUCUGCCUCAAGACCAAUACUCGCAUAUUUUUGAUUCUUUAAAGAAGUCUAUGAAGAAACCACUCGUCCAUAGUGGAAACGAUGAAGCUUUGGAUUACUUCAGCUCUCCCAAUGAUAAAGUUUUUAGGAAUACAAAUGCGAAGGAGCUGAACCAUUUGUGGACUCUACUGGAAGCUUGUGCAAUUUCCAAUGAUUUCCUUAGAGGCAAGAAAAUAAUGGAAAAUUUGUUUCACACUAGCAACAAGGCUGAGUUUCAGAUUGCAUAUGCUAAGUAUUUGUUAAGCUGGUCUAAAAGUCCUGUAAGUUUAAUGGAGCUAGAAGAAUAUGUGUUAAAAGAGUCACCUAUUUUAUUUCCGACACUGGAAUUCGAUUCGAAGAUUGCAAGUAUUCUGGUGAGAAAAUGUUUGACCUCAGGUUCAUUUGACAACAGAUACCAGACAAUAAUCACUAAGUACAUCAAAUCAAGUUCCGGUAACAGAAUUGAGGAUUUGUUCAAGCAUCUGGAUAUACUUGGAUUUGACAAUGCUAUUAUUAUAUUGAAGGCUUACCAUCUAGGCCGUGAGUCUAUUCCUUCAAGGUAUAGAGAUAUUUUCGAUUUAAAAGACGAAGCCUUUGCGAUUCCCUCAUUGCACUCUACAACCAAGGAAAGUAACAAUUCUCAUAAAUGCAUUGAAGAAAAAAUUGCGGCACCUACCUAUUUUGAAGAUGAGACCCAGCUUCCACCAUCUUUAGACAAGGACGCUCAACAUCUUAUUGGGGUGGAUACCUUUGGCCUCAAAGUAAUACGUCACUCUUUAUUAGGCUUACAGGCCAAACCUACAAAUUCCAAUGGGGAGCUUUUUAGUAAACUUGAAUCGUUUGAUGAAAGCUAUGCUCCAAUCGAAUUCGGUGACGAACAAUUGUCGGAUAGGACCAUAAAUUUCUUUGAAAUCAAAAAACUUUUAAAAACACCACAGCAACAAGAAGAUUUUGAGAAAUUUCUGGACGCCUACAAUGCUGAGCGGCAGAGACUGCUGGAGUUUCAAUCAUUGGACGGAGCCAAACGGAAAUGGGAACAAACCUUGGAAGAUUUCAAAGAAAGCAAUGUAGUCAAUGUUCCUUCCAAGAGUAUCAAAAAUUAUUUGUGGAAGUGGCAUAGCAAGCUACUCCCGCUGAUCAAAGAAGAAGUCUUAAAAUGCCAAAAGACACUAUCUAUUAUUGGAGCAGGUAAUCUUAACUCUUACAAGACGAAACUUUCUACGAUGGAACGCAAGGCGUUUAAUGAAAGAUUGGAGUAUGCUAAUUACUUAAUAUUAGUCUCCCCGGACAAGAUGAGCACAUUAACGAUUUUGGAGCUUUUAAAGAUAAUCUUUACCGGAAAAAAUACUACUGGAAUCCGUACCGCUCGAGCUGUCAUAAGUGUUGGCAAAGCGGUGGAACUUGAAUAUCGCUCAGAAAGACUUCUUUCAAAGGAGAUAGAUGUAUUCAAAAACUUCCGAAAUAUGAAGAACAGCAAGGAAUUCAAAAGACUCGUCACUACAGGCUCCAAGAACACCUUUACAAAACUACUACAACAAAGUAGGUCUGCUAGCAUUGACACCGAGCUUGAGGAGACAUUAUUUAAUUGGCCAAACGAGAUAAAAGCAAAAAUUGGGUCUGUUUUAAUAUCACUACUAUUGCAAUCUGCUAAGAUCGAUGUUCAAGGGAAGGAUCCAAUUACCAACGAAGAAGUUCAUGGACAAGUUCCUGCCAUAUUUCACCAAUACCAAUACGCUAAUGGGAACAAAAUAGGCAUUCUAAAAUUCCAUCAUGAUUUCACUAGUAAGUUGAGUAAAGACAACCUCAGCGGCGCAGUUCAACCGCAAUACCUUCCCAUGUUAGUCAGGCCUAAACCUUGGCUAUCGCAUAACUUAGGAGGGUAUUACUACACCGAAACUUCUCUUAUUAGAACCAAAGAUUCCCCUGAACAGCUGGCUUAUGUCAAAGCCGCUUCUGAAAAUAAUACAAUUGAUAAAGUUUACCAAGGGUUGACCGUUUUGGGAAAUACACCCUGGACCAUUAAUUCCGAAAUAUUUAAUGUCAUAAGCGAAGUAUGGAAUUCUGGAAAUCAGUUUCUAGACAUACCUGCUAUUCAGGACAGCCCCAUAUAUCCUCCACAGCCCCCUUCAGAUGCUGAUCCUUCUGUAAUAAGGGACUGGAAGUAUCAAGUGCGAAAAGUCUCCAAUAAGUUUUCUUCUGAUAGAUCCAUGCGCUGUGAUGCUAAUUACAAAUUGGAAACAGCGCGUGGGUUUAUAGGCGAAAGAAUAUAUUUUCCUCACAACUUAGAUUUUAGAGGACGGGCUUAUCCCAUCUCACCUCAUUUAAAUCAUCUGGGCAACGAUAUGAGUCGAGGGCUGCUUUUAUUUUGGGAAGGAAAAGAGCUUGGAGAAAGGGGAUUGAGGUGGCUAAAAAUUCACCUUGCUAACCUUUACGGACUGGACAAGGAGACUUUGGAUAAGAGAGAGCAAUUCACAGACCUCAAUAAAGCAAAUAUUAUAGACUCCGCCACAAAACCUUUAGCUGGUAAAGGAUGGUGGAAGUCUUCAGAAAAGCCUUGGCAAACACUGUCUGUUUGCAUUGAAUUAGCAGAGGCGUGGAAACUGAAAAAUCCUAACAUGUUUGUUUCUCAUAUUCCUGUACACCAAGAUGGAACUUGUAAUGGGCUACAACACUAUGCUGCUUUAGGAGGAGAUGUAGAGGGAGCGACUCAAGUGAAUCUAAUGCCUGAUAAUAAACCAAAUGAUGUGUAUUCGUAUGUUGCAAAACUUGUGCAGAAGCGGGUCGAUAUCGACGCUACCAAUGGACACCAGCUUGCUCUGAAAUUACAGAGGCACAUAAAACGCAAAGUUGUCAAACAAACUGUGAUGACAAGUGUUUAUGGAGUGACUUAUAUCGGAGCUUCUGAUCAGAUAGACCGUCGGUUGAAAGAAAUUUUUGGCGACGAUGAUCCUGAUACACAUGUUGCUGGCCGAUAUUUGGCUCUUCAAGUAUUCAGUUCCAUUCGUGAGUUGUUUACUGGAGCACACCAAAUUCAAGACUGGCUUGCUGAAGCCUCCAAGAAGAUUACCAAAUCAAUUCGGAUGGAUAUCGAUACAUCUAUGACAAAAAAAUCAUCGAAAUCUGCUAAGAUUUCACAUUUAGCAUCCGUGAUUUGGACAUCACCUUUGGGAUUACCUAUUGUACAGCCAUAUCGCAGUAUUGGGAAAAAGCAGGUAGCAACAAAUCUUCAGACAGUUUUCAUUUCAGAUCCUCACGCAGUGAGUCCAGUAGACUCAAGAAAACAAACUAACGCUUUUCCCCCUAAUUAUAUACAUUCGUUAGAUGCAUCCCAUAUGCUUCUUUCUUCCAUUGAAUGCGGUCAAAGGAGGUUAUCAUUCGCUGCAGUACAUGACUCUUAUUGGACCCAUGCAGCAGAUGUCGAUAUCAUGAAUGAAAUUUUGAGAGAUGCUUUUGUAAAACUACAUGAGACAGAUUUGGUUCAAGAUCUAAAAGAUGAAUUCGAUCGUCGGUACCAUGGGUUUCUAGUAGUUGAAUCUGUCAGUAAAAAGUCAUUUAUUGGUAAACAAAUCCAAGAGCUUCGACAAGAAUUUUCUAAACGGCUUGGACGAAAGAUCACCACAGCAGAUGAAAUAUAUCUAGAAAAACAACGACAGGAGUAUUUGAUGUCGUCAGACCCAACAACAAGGAAACUUGGUGAGAAGAUGGUAACCACAGUUAGCAUUCUUGAAAAUGUCGAUAUUGACUCUUUGAAGCCCAUAAAUAGCAUGGACAAAUUCAGCAUUCUAGCCCCGUUCAAACUUCCAGAAAUCCCAGCCAAGGGUACGUUUGAUGUAAGAUUGGUGAAAGAUAGUACCUAUUUUUUUAGCUAA